CGGGCGAGUGAGUCAUCCGCCUGACACUACAGGAUCUUCGCCGCUGCUGGUUUUUGACAGCGGCGGGGGAGCUGGUGAGGAGAGCGGCGGAUCCGUGCGGACCACAGCUUGCUGCUGCAGCGGCUGAGGUGGGGGGGACGCACCGAGUAGCCUGGCACAGUCCCGCUGACACACGCGCACGCACGCACGCACACGCGCCUCAUCUUGUCUGCAGCCGAGUCGCGGACGCGGGAGGGAAAACCGACGCCGGGCUGCAGCGGACGGAUUUCAGCAGCUUUCCCAAGACUCAAGCAGUGGCUGAGAUUCACCUCAAGAUUGACCUCAUAGGUUGCUGAGCAUCCUGACUGCACCCUGAGUAAAGGUUUCCCCCGUGCUACACCCAACCAUGGACCAGAACACGAAGUGGGUGCUGAACAUCAGAGUCGUGCUGUUGCUACUUCUGAGUCACGUGACUUCAGCGCUUGAAGUGCCUCUUGAUCCUAAAGUACUGGAAGGAUUGCCCCAACCUCCCACUAUAACGCUGCAGUCUCCCAAGGAUUACAUCUUCGACCCACGGGAAAACAUAGUCAUCCACUGUGAGGCCAAGGGGAAGCCAAGUCCUAGCUUUUCAUGGGCAAGAAAUGGGACCCACUUUGAUGUAGAGAAAGACUCCAAAGUCCUCAUGAAGCCUGGUUCAGGAACGCUGGUCAUUGACAUCAGCGGGGAGAAGGCUGAGGCCUACGAGGGAACCUACCAGUGUACGGCCCACAACGAUCACGGCACGGCCGUCUCCAACAACUUUGUCAUCAGACAGUCAAGGUCCCCCUUGUGGCCGAAGGAGCACAAUGAGGCCAUCACAGUGCAAAUGGGGGUCCCGCUUGUGCUGAUGUGCCGGCCCCCUGCCGGGCUGCCCCCUCCUGUCAUCUUCUGGAUGGAUAACAACUUUCAGAGGUUGCCGCUGGAUAAACGGGUGUCCCAGGCCCUGAAUGGGGACUUGUACUUCUCCAACGUUCUUCCAGAAGACACCAGGCGCGACUACAUUUGCUACGCUCGCUUCCCCCACACACAGACCAUCCAGCAGAAGCAGCCCAUCUCCGUCACCGUGCUGGACAACAGCCCAGAGCGGGAGCGCCGCCCCGGUUUCAUGAUGCCUCUUGGUCCCACCAGCACCAAGAUGGUCCUGAAAGGAGAGACUCUAGUGCUGGAGUGCAUCGCCGAGGGCUUGCCCACUCCAGAGGUCCAAUGGCAGAAGGAUGGAGCCGAGCUGCCGGUGAGCAGGAUGUCUUUCCGUAACUUCAAUAAAAUGCUGAAGAUUUCUGACGUAAAUGAAGCCGACGCUGGCAACUACCACUGCACGGCCACAAACAUCCUGGGCGCUGCACACCACACCAUCAAGGUCACUGUCAAAGCUGCUCCUUUCUGGGUCAGUGCUCCCAGGAACCUCAUUCUCGCCCCAAACGAGACUGGCGUUCUGACUUGUCUUGUUGGUGGAGAUCCAAAACCAAAGAUCACGUGGUUUGUCAAUGGAUUUCACAUCGAAAAUGCUCCUGAGGAUCACAGCCGUAAGGUGGAGGGGGACACAGUCAUCCUCAAUAACGUGCAGUCAGGGUCCAGUGCUGUGUACCAAUGUAAUGCAUCCAAUGAGUUUGGCUACCUGAUGGCCAAUGCUUUUGUCAGUGUUCUUGCGGAACCACCAAGGGUGCUUACUCCGCCCAACCAAGUGUAUCAGGUCAUCACCAACAACCCUGCCCUGCUUCCCUGUGCCACCUUUGGCUCACCCAUACCAGCAAUUACAUGGUUCAAAGACAGUCAGACCAGCAUUAAGAAUGGUGACACAUAUGUGAUCCAUGAGAAUGGCACACUGGAGAUCCACGUGGCUCAGCCACUGAACAGUGGGAAGUACACCUGCAUUGCCACAAACAACCUUGGGAUCAAGGAAAACCAUAUCUAUCUAGAGGUCAAAGAGUCCACCCGCAUCCUGAAGCAGCCAGAGUACAAGGUGGUGCAGAGAGGCAUGAGCGCAUUGUUUGAGUGCAAAGUCAAACACGAUCCAUCGCUCGUUCCCAACAUAAUGUGGCUCAAAGACAACGGAGAACUCCCAGACCACGAGAGGUUUGAAGUGGGCACUGACAGUCUGACCAUCAAAGACGUGACUGAUGGAGAUGAGGGCACCUACACUUGCAUUGUGAACACCACCCUGGAUAAGGACUCGGCCAGCGCCAUGCUGACUGUUGUUGAGGCAACUCCUACUCCAGCUAUUGUCUACGAGAAACCGGAUCAGCCGACUGACCUGGAACUGACUGACCAGACAGAGAGGAGCGUUCGGCUGACGUGGAUCCCUGGAGACAAUCACAACAGUCCCACGCAGAAGUUUUUGAUCCAGUAUGAGGAUCUUCUUCACCAGCCAGGAGUCUGGAUUAACUUAACAGAGGUUGAUGGGACCAGCACCACAGCGCAGUUAAACCUCUCCCCUUACGUCUACUACUCCUUCCGAGUGCUGGCUCUGAACGAGGUUGGCUACAGCCUGCCCAGCCAGCCCUCGAGCCAGUACAGAACCAAUCCUGCAGCUCCUGAUGAAAAUCCAUCAGAUGUUCAGGGGGCAGGAACAGAGCCUAAUAACUUAGUCAUCUCCUGGACAGCGCUGACGGGAUUUCAGUCCAACGGGCCCGGCUUGGUGUACAAAGUUCAGUGGAGACAGAAGGGCGUGGAGGAGCACUGGUCAUCACGGACUGUGGCCAACGCGUCGCAGCUUGUUGUGACGGGAACUCCAACAUUUGUGCCCUACGAAAUCAAAGUUCAGGCUUUCAACGAUUACGGCAACGGCCCGGAGUCUGAAGUUGUCGUUGGGUAUUCUGGAGAGGACUUGCCUGAGACGGCUCCUGAGAGUGUUCAGGUCUUGGUUCAUAACAGCACACUAGCAGAAAUACACUGGGAGCCUGUAUCUGACUCUACAGUCAGGGGGAGACUGCAAGGAUACAAGGUUUACUAUCGCCAUAACCGUACAUUGCAAGACGCAGAAGAGAAGGAUCAGCAGGAGCAGGUUUUGAUGUUCAGCGGGAACCGUAGCGAGGGCCGUCUGCCGGGCCUUCAGCCUUACAGCCUUUACAGCCUCUUCAUCAGGGUUCUGAACAACAAAGGAGAAGGGCCACCGAGUCCUAUCAAGACAUUUGAGACACCUGAGGGAGUCCCAGGACCCCCUUCUUUUCUGGAUGUCAUUGACCGUGGUUUGGAUUCUCUUACUUUGAAAUGGGGAGCGCCAAUGGACAACAAUGGGCGUCUUGCUGGCUACACACUGAAGUAUCAGCCAGUGAACAACACAAUUGAACUGGGACCAGUUCAGGUCAUGAACCUUCAAGCCAACGAAACCUCCUUCACCCUGGAAAACCUGAACUCCAGCGUGCUCUACAAAUUAUACCUGAGUGCAAAAACAAUCAAGGGCUCUGGUCCCACCAUCACAGAGGAGGCCUUCACUGCCAUGGACUCAGUACAUACUCAGCCCCCUGUAGAGACGGGCAAAGGCCCUACUGAGCCCCCUCACCCAACCUCACCCAUCACUCAGUCUGCGCGUCCCCCGUUUCACAAGGUGCUUCCUGUGCGGCCUGCGUUUGGCACAGUGAACACGUCCGUCUCGGAGGACGGUGCUGUGAUCAGUUGGGAGUACUUUGGACACCAUAAGAAUGUAUAUGUGGAAUAUAUUGUAGACAACAGUAAAGAGGACUGGAAAAAGGAGUUGGUAAAUGGUUCUCAUUCGCAUUUGAUCAGAGGUUUAAAGCCGGCGACAUCCUAUAGGGUGCGCGUGGUAGCUAGAGACCCGGUCGACCCGGCGGUCCACAGCACAGAUGAAGUGUUGGUUUCAGUGCCAGCUGUACCGAGCCGUCAGGUCGACAUUGCCACUCAGGGCUGGUUCAUCGGGCUGAUGUGUGCCAUUGCCCUCCUCAUCCUGGUCCUGCUCAUAGUGUGCUUCAUUAAGAGGAACAAGGGCGGCAAAUAUCCAGUGAAAGAGAAAGAAGAUGCCCAUCAAGACCCCGAGAUCCAGCCCAUGAAGGAGGAUGAUGGGACAUUUGGAGAGUACAGCGACACAGAGGACCACAAGCCGCUGAAGGGCAGCCGGACGCCGUCCAACGGGACGGUGCGCCGCGACGAGAGCGACGACAGCCUGGUGGACUACGGGGAGGGCGGGGACGGCCAGUUCAACGAGGACGGCUCCUUCAUCGGCCAGUACAGCGGCAAGAAGGAGAAGGACACACACGAAGGCAACGAGAGCUCGGAGGCCCCGUCGCCCGUCAAUGCCAUGAACUCGUUUGUCUAGCGGAGGGAGCCUCCACCUGGCUGCCAUCUCUGUGGUGACGGUUGCCACGGUGAUAGUUAUUGCGGACGCCUACUUUGUACCAACGGUGGCUGACACUUCGGUGCGCACGGCCACCUGCCGCCGAGACUGCUGACACGCCCUCAUCCAUGUCACCUGCCAGCCCCUGUCACACUGUGACCUCCUGACCAACACACACUCUACAUGGCAAAGACCAGCACCACAUCCCACACCACCAUUUGCAAGCAGGCAUGAAUGGAGGGAGGCGAUGACUCCGACAAGACGAAGGGAGGGAGGAGGCAAUAUGGAAAAGUAGGAGCAGUUUUACGGCUCAAACUGAGCCAGAGUGAGGCCAGGUUGUGUGUGUUAGUGCCAUUUGAUCUCUUUUGCAAACAUACUAAACAAAUAGUAUCCAUGGACGUAUUUUAUCAAAGUACAUGACUCGCAAGCAGGCAAAUAUGUAUUCAUAAACAUGUGCAUGGAGUAAAAUAUGAUUCUAUAUGCAUUUCACCCCUUCUCAUGUCAGGUAUUGCAGAGAUGAGGUGUUGAAACUAUGUGGUGCACGCCUGCUAGUGACUGGGUUUGCCCUUUAUUGUGUGUUUUAUUUUACAGUCUUUGUGGACACUGCUGUGAAAUGCGAGUCAUAAUAGAAGCUAGCCUAUGUCUUUCUGAGACUGAUGACAUGUUUGUCCACAUGUAAAAGAACGAGAGGAAAGCUGUAAUUUAAGAUCGGAUAGAUACGGUUUGAGCUCGGUCCUCAUCGCACCAGUCGGCCGGACCUCCCGCGCGUCUGUUUUCAGCCUCUUGUUUUCCCAAGCUUGUUCUUGCUUUGUUUUCCCGACAUGUCCCUUUACACCAAGCCUGCGCCUCCAGUUUCUGAGCAAACCCUGCAUCAAACCCAAAUCACGGUCCCUGUGGAACACCCGUUUGAGGCGAUGGCAGAAACAGCAGCUAUCCCAACAUCGUUUCCAAUAGUAUUACUCGUGUAUCUACUUUGUCUGCUGACCGAAAGGAAGAUUUGAGGUUUACUGAGUGAACACACUAAAGUUUCUGGAUAAUUCGAUGAUCAUCGAGAACCUCUCAGCACAGUUUUUAGUGCCUUUGCAAAGAACCAUUACUAUGAUACAGUACAUACUGUAGUUAUAUCCCAUCUUUAAUUUAUACAGUAUACACUGUACAGUGCAGGAAUUUAGUACGGAUAAAAUUCCGCCUUUUUUCAGUAAUGUUAAAGAUUUUAUUCCAAAGUCUAUUAGCUAUAUUGUAAUUGAGUAUAGUGACACAUCCAGGAGACGUCACUUUAGCUUCUACGUGGAGCUAAAGGCUUUUAGAAAUGGCAUACACUCACAUUAUCGUUGUGAGGAGUAACUUCAUCUGUGCAUCGUUAUGUCUUUGUUGACAAUCAUGUCAUCCAGCUUCUGUAUACCACCAUAUAUAGUACACUGUACAAGCAGGACACCAAAUAGCACCAUCCAGCUACAGUCUGGAUAGAAAAGGGAGGGAAUGGUGCAUAUGGGAAAUGUGUUGGAAGGUCAGCACGGACACAUCACACCUUCACGUAUCAUCGUCAUCUCAGAUAUUUUCCUCCAGGCCGUUCAUACAAAGGAGGAGUUAAACUACUGCCAACCAUCUCACCAGGUAACUGCCAAUGGGAGCCAGACUCCCUGUAGACUACUUUAAGGACGGGAUUUACUCUUUCUGGUGGCACUUACGAGAAAGAAGGGGCCAGAGCAUUGCAUAGUGAUACUGAAUGUGUUAGUGUAUGUGUUCAAGUAAAUGAAAAUGUCGCUUAUUUUACUGCAAACGGUGAAACACACUGGUGACGUUGGUUUAUGCAUUUAACCUUCUAUCCGUUGUCGCGUCCUGGCCGUGGCGGCUCAGCUAGUUUCUAGGAACCGUAAACGAAUGGCGCUUGCGUGGGCGCACGAAUGUGUGAGCGAGUGUGCUGCACAUGCAUGCUGCUGUGUUAAAGCGUGCGUGACGUAUACUAUCACUUUCUAUUUCUAUGGACAGCGGUCUAUACUCUGAUGUGUGUCAAGCAGUCUGCUCCUACUCAAUAGGAGUUGUUUUGUUUUUUUGAGGAACUUUUCUGUCUUCUUUUUUUUUUUAAUCAUAACUUGCAUCAAGUUUUUAUGUUGCAAAAUGUCAGCUUUCCACGUGUAGAUAAUUUUAUUGUAAUUUGUAAAUAAAGGCUUGACUUGAGCAUAAUUGUGAUGAGGUCGGGGGUGAGAGCUCGGCCUUCGCUGCAGUACAGUAUGUGUAGGAAAGGGGUUGAGACGGGAUGAUUGGAUGGAGAUAAGACUAUUUGCAGUUUUCACUCUUUAAUUUGCUGUGAUUUUUAUUUUAUAAUUUUCAGGUGAAUUUGGUUGCUCACAUGUUUAGCCUAUCAGGUAUCAACAGAGAUUAUUUAACUUGUGACUGAGCUCUCGUGACACCUGUAUUGUUUCUGUCUCUGACAGUUCAUGCACCUUUUUGUGUAUUUCUUUUAUAAAAGGCACAUAAUUAAACGGGAUCUGUCGUUUCAAACCAAUCCAUGCAUCUAAUUUAGGAGGUGCCUGAGCCCAGCAUGUGGAGGAGCGUGGUCGCGAGCUGGACGUGUCCUGAAACCGGCUCAUCCUUUUUAAGAGUGUUCCCUUAAUCAAAGCUAAAUUGUAGUUUGGAGCUGGCAUGGACAGAUGAGCAGCCUGGCACGUUUGCGUGUGACUGGACAUACAUGAUAUACUAUGACGUUCUGGUAAAUGUUGAAGCUACAUGAGAAGCAUGAAAGGCUGUUGAAAUGGUUUACUCUAUACAAAAUAAUAUUGCAAAAAUAUUUUGUAUUUUAAGUUUAGAAAAGUGAAAUAAAUGUCGGCUUCAGGAUUUCAAA